AUGGCCUCGAGUGACGACCAGAUAGCCGACGCGGAGAAAGGACGCUCAACUGUUACCCCCCUAUCACCAAAUUCAAUCGAAAGAGAACAAGGAUCGUCGAUAGAGCUAGACCCAACUCUGUACCUCGACGAACCGAAAUCCAGCCACAAAUUUCUGCAGUGGACCCAGCGAGUCGAGCAUCUCCUUGGCCUCGAAGCCCGCGGCAUACAUCGUGUGAAAACGAAUGAGCAGACGGCAAAGACCACGCUGGGAUUCUGGCAGAUUGUCAUACUGUGGCUCUCCAUAAACACUGCCCCUCAGAACAUAAUACUAGGAAGCAUUGGCCGAGGAGUCUAUGAGCUGGGUUUCGUAGAUGCGACGCUCUGCGCCGUAUUUGGCGGUAUCUUGGGAUGUGUGCCUACAGCUUACACAGCUGGGUGGGGACCCUGGUCUGGAAAUCGCACGAUGAUCGGUGCGAGAUUCUCCAUGGGCUGGUGGCCUGUGAAGAUCUGUGUUCUGCUCAAUUUGGUCAUCUUGAUUGGAUACGCAAUGAUAGACGCCGUCAUCGCAGGCCAGAUGCUUUCUGCCGUUUCUCCUCACGGCAGUCUCACUGUCGAAGUGGGAAUCGUAGUCACAGCAGUCAUUACUUGGGCGGUAACGACGUUUGGAAUCAAAAUAUUCCACCAUUUUGAAAGAUAUGCGUUCAUCCCUCAAAUUUUGGCUCUUCUGGCCCUAGCUGGGACUGCAGGGCCAAAAUUUGACACUUCUUCCCCAUCUGCCGUAACAGGAGCAACUUUGUCGGGAAAUCGUCUUACUUUCUUCUCCAUCUGCCUCAGCGCAGCUGUUACCUAUGCGCCUGGAGCGGCCGACUUUUUGGUCUACUGCGAUCCCAAAAUCGCAACACGCUGGAAGGUAUUUGCCGCCACCCUCUUCGGCUUGUCCCUCUCGUUUGCUUUUACCUUCACCCUCGGGGCCGGGUUAGCCUCUGGCCUCGAGAACGAUUCGACCUGGGAAGCAGCAGGCUCCGGAUCCGGCGCCCUAGUCGUCGCUGGCUACAACGGCCUCGGGGGCUUCGGGAAGUUCUGUGCGGUUCUGUCAGCUCUCGGACUUAUUGCCAACAUGGUACCGCCGAUCUAUAUCUCUGGCAUCAAUUUCCAGAUCCUGGGCAGAUGGUUUGCUAUUGUUCCUCGAUUUUUAUGGACUACAUUCGCUUGUGCCGUCUCUGCGGUCUGUGCACUCGCUGGAAAAGAUAGCUUGUCCGCGAUCUUUACGAAUUUUCUUGCCCUCAUGGGCUACUGGGUCGUGAUUUGGAUUGCAAUCACACUCGAAGAGGAGUUUAUCUUCCGCCGCAGAGGGCCAGGCUUCAUCUGGAGCGACUGGAGCAGGCAAGAGAAGCUGCCAAUCGGUAUUGCUGCUCUCGUCUCGUUCUGCGUUGGCUGGGUAGGCUCUGUGCUUUGUAUGGCACAGUUCUACUUUAUUGGCCCAAUUGCCGCGCUGGUUGGAGAGUAUGGUGCCGACAUGGGCAAUUAUGUCGGGUUCGCCUGGGCAAUCAUGGUAUAUCCGCCGCUGAGAUACUGGGAGUUAAAGAUGUUCGGGAGAUGA